GUAUGAAUGUUGACCAUCUUUAUUAGUCCUGCUUGCAUUUGGGGAAGGCUUGGCCAUCGGGGAAGGGGGUCAACAUUCUUUGGAAGAGGACCAAUCAGAUUGGUGUGUCAUAUCUCUCUUUCACGAGUGGGGAGGGAGAAUUCACCCAGAGGGGCUCAGCUAGGAAAAGGAGUGUGACGCAAUGGGUUAUGCAAGGCUGUUUCCAACUGUUCUCAAACUCCAAUGCGGGUUUGCAGUUGGGACUCCGCAGAGGCUGGCGUUCAAAUUUCUUCGGGGCAAGCAGGACAUUUCCAGGAUUUUCGGUUCCUAGGGCUUCCCCUACCGCUUGGAAGCAGAAGAGCCCAGCUUUACUCCGAAAUAUAGAGUCGGGCAAAGGUUCCGAGGAAAUCUCUGGGCUUUCCUUGCGGAUUUAACGCUGAGAAUGGCUAGGAUUGUCCACUCACCACUUGGGUGGUGAAACAGAGCUGGGAAAGGGGGAAAGAAGGAGGAGAAGAAGCAGAGGAAGGAGAAUUAUUUAUAUACAUGUCCAAAAACUGCUGUUAAAAGCCCCUCGGACGCUCGAGAGGAGGGCUGAGCGGACCCCGACGCCGCUCCUGAUCGCUCCUGGAACCUGGGAUCCCCCCCGUUGCCAUGUCCUACCCCCAGUUCGGAUACCCCUACUCAUCGGCACCCCAGUUCCUGAUGACCACCAACUCCUUGACCACGUGCUGCGAGACCAGCGGCCGGAGCCUGACCGAUUCGGCGGCAGCGGCGGCCUCUGCGCAGGCGCCGGUCUACUGCCCGGUCUACGAGAGCCGGCUGCUGGCCACGGCCAGGCACGAACUCAACUCGGCCGCCGCCCUGGGGGUCUACGGGAACCCCUACGCCAACAGCCAAGGCUAUGGCAACUACGUCACCUACGGGACCGAGGCCUCCGCCUUCUACUCUUUGAACAGCUUUGAUUCCAAGGAAGGAGGCAGUUCUGCGCAUGCAGGGAUCACUCAGGCAGCCGCUUACUACCCCUACGACCACACGCUGAGCCAGUACCAAUACGACAGAUACGGCACCAUGGACGGCAGCACCCGGAGGAAGAACGCCACCCGAGAGACGACCAGCACCUUGAAGGCCUGGCUGCAGGAGCACCGCAAGAACCCCUACCCGACCAAAGGCGAGAAGAUCAUGCUGGCCAUCAUCACCAAGAUGACCCUCACCCAGGUCUCCACCUGGUUCGCCAACGCCCGCCGCCGCCUCAAGAAGGAGAACAAGAUGACUUGGCCCCCGAGGAACAAGUGCGCCGACGAGAAGCGGCCCUACGAGGAGGAGGAAGAGGAGGAGGACGACGGGGAGGGCCAAGGAGGAGGAGGCCUCAAGAGCGAGAAGAUGGCGGACCCUGGGAGCAAGGAGGACAAGGAGCUGGGCCUGAGCGACCUGGACGACUACGACCCGCUGGAGUCGGAGGGCUCCGAGGGCGAGCUGAAGGCGCCUCCUCCUUUCGGGCCCGUGGCGGAGCCUUGCAAGGAGCCCCCCUCCUCCCUGGGCGCCGGGGCCAAGGGUUGCCUCAAGGACCCCGCCGAGAGCUGCGAGGCCAAGCCGUGCUACCAGCAGCAGCUCCUGGAGCCGGGCAGCAAGCCGCGCAUCUGGUCCCUGGCGCACACGGCCACCUCGCUCAACCAGGCGGAGUUCCCCUCCUGCAUGCUGAAGCGCCAGCAGGGGGCGCCCUCUUCCUCGUCCUCUUCUUCCUCCUCGUCCUCCUCUUCCUCUUCGGCCGGCCCCGCUGCCCCUCCGCCCCCCAAGGACUCCCCCGUGGCCAACCUCAGGAACUGGGUGGACGGCGUCUUCCACGACCCGCUCUUCCGGCACAGUACUUUGAACCAGGCCUUGAGCAACACCGCCGUGUCUUGGGCCACCUCCAAGGGCGCCCUCCUGGAGAGCGGGGCCUUGGGGCGCUCCGCCGCCGCCGCCGCCGUGCUCAAGGGCCUGGCGGGGCCCCAGGACCCCGGCAAGGACUUCCUGGCCUUUCCCAAAGCCGGCAGCAAGAUGUUCUGCUCCUAACGGACCGCCUCCUCUUCCUCCACUUCCUCUUCGGGAUGAUGGGGUACGGGGAGAUAGGGGGGAUCCACACAAACUUGGCUUCCAACUAGAGACC